AUGAACCCGAACAACCCAAACAACAACUUCGCGCAGAUUCCAUUACCCACAUUCAUGAACAUGAUGGGUGGGAUACUAUCACAAUCCCCGCAUGCUCCCCAGACGCCGAUGCCCCAAGGGGUGCUGCAGAUGCAGCCGGGUUCUGCGCCCACAUUCGAGUUCAUGUGGCAAGGAUGGCAGCAGGCUGGUCAGCAAUGGCUGUCGAUGACCCACCCGGGAUCACAAAGCCCCCAACAGGCCCAGAUGUCACAUAUACAGGGCAACACAGCGGGUCAUACACCCCAUCACUCGCUCGCAAUCAGCGACUUGGCAGCAUUCGUCACUGCGAUGCAGCCGCUGCUACAGAACGCCAACCCCGCGCCGGUCGGGUCGGUCGCUGACGAUGAGCGGAUUCUUAUCAGUGCUUUGAAGGAGGGUAAGGCCGAGGGGCUGACACCACGGCAGGCGUUGGACAAGCUGCACAAUGUGAACAAUCAUACGGAAAGUGCCUGGAAGAAUUACUUCCUCGAUCAUCUGGAUCGGCUAUAUGCCAAGGCGUAUCCCUCUGCUGAAGGGCAUAUGGAAGUUCGCCGGCAACUGCCAUCGUCCGUAACUGGCGCUCCGAGCCUUGAGCAUCUCAGAAGGCAACAUAAAGUCGGACUGGCCAGUGCAAAUUCCAGACUCGAAAAACCGAGCACAGCUGCCUCGUCCUCCAGUCAGCGUCAACGAGUCCACGAGGACCAUAUUGAACCGCUCCACCGGAAAGCGUUCCGCAAAGCCUGCGCUGCCCUCGACCCUGCACAGAGAAAACGAGGCAGCCGUCCUAUCCCUCUGUAUGAGCAUGGGUCGGAUUCGGACUACUCUAGCUCGGUCGAGACUGAGUCAUCUGGAGCGGCUGUGAAGAGGCAGAAGGGCAUUCUACCGCCGCAGAGAAUCACGGAGGAGGACUUACGCGCUAUGGCUCGGUUCAGGGUCGAGAGACCGCCACCGGCAGAUAUAUCGGCGACAGGGAAGGGCUAUUGGGAGAAGUUUGCGCGACAGGCGAAGAAAAAGCGAACCCCUGCCGGGUGGGCGAGAGCUUCGAUAUCCUAUGAAGAAGUCAUUGAACAGUAUAUCGCCGAACACAUGGCGGAGAUACAGGGAGACGGGUCCGCCAGGCCGCAGGCUUCAGGGGAGCAAGAACAGGCGGACGUACCUUCGGGCGAACUUCCAAAGUCAGGUUUCUCGGCUGCGUGCGACGGUGUCUCCCGCCUAAGCACAUUGGCGUUGAAACCGCAUAAACGCCCCGUCGAUGAACAGGAUCUAGAGAGCAAUCGUGAAGAGAAACGUUUCAAAUCUGCCUUGGACAAAGCCUCAGACUAG